GAACCCUAAUCUCUCUCCCGCUCCAAGAAACCCUUACCUGCUUCUUCAACGACCAUAUCCUCCAAAUCUCUCGAUUAAUUUUACUGUAUCUCUCUCAAAAUGGCUCUCUCGAAGCCAUUAGCCACAAUCUUGGCUAGCCAUGUCAAAGCCCUAACAUUUUCCUCUCUCCACCACCACUAUCCGCGGACACCCUCGUCCUUCGUCACUUUUCGCUUUUUCUCAUUCGCUACCCCGGAAGAAGCAGCUGCUGAACGCCGCCGUCGCAAGCGUCGCCUCCGCAUUGAGCCUCCACUCUCCUCUCUUCACCGCAACCAGCAACAACAGCAAGCGCCGAGGCCUAUCCAAAACCCCAAUGCUCCGAAACUUCCAGAACAUGUCUCUGCGCUCACAGGAAAAAGGUUGAACCUUCACAAUCGUAUCCUCACUCUUAUUCGUGAGAAUGAUCUCGAGGAGGCUGCACUCUUCACGCGGCACUCCGUCUACUCCAACUGCCGACCCACUAUCUUCACCGUCAACGCUGUUCUCAAUGCGCAGCUCCGGCAGUCCAAGUAUUCUGAUCUGCUAAUGCUUCACCGGUUCAUCAUUCAAUCUGGGAUUGCCCCAAAUAUUAUCACCCACAAUCUCAUCUUCCAGACUUAUCUCGAUUGCCGUAAACCUGAUACUGCUUUGGAGCACUACAAGCAGUUCAUAAAUGAUGCGCCUUUAAACCCUUCGCCAACCACCUAUCGCAUAUUGAUCAAAGGUUUGGUGGAUAAUAAUAAGCUUGACAAGGCAAUUGAGUUGAAAGAGGAGAUGGUUGUAAAAGGGCUUGCUGCUGACCCUUUGGUUUAUCAUUAUUUGAUGUCUGGGUGUGUGAGGAAUUCGGAUGCAGAAGGGGUAUUUAAGCUUUUUGAGGAAUUGAAGGAGAAAUUGGGAGGGGCUUUGGAGGAUGGGGUGAUAUAUGGGUGCUUGAUGAAGGGGUAUUUCAUGAAGGGGAUGGAGAAGGAAGCGAUGGAAUGUUAUGAAGAAGCUGUGGGAGAGAAUUCUCAAAUGAAAAUGAGUGCUGUUGCUUAUAAUUCUGUGUUGGAUGCAUUGUGCAAGAAUGGGAAAUUUGACGAGGCUUUGAGACUUUUUGAUAGAAUGAUCAAGGAGCAUAAUCCACCUCGGGGGUUGGCUGUAAAUUUGGGGACCUUUAAUGUAAUGACGGAUGGAUAUGUUGCUCAGGAGAGGUUUAAGGAUGCCAUAGAGGUCUUCAGGAAGAUGGGUGAUUAUAGGUGUCGUCCUGACACUCUGUCAUUCAAUAAUUUGAUUGAUCAGCUGUGCAAAAAUGGAAUGCUUGCUGAGGCGGAGGAGCUUUAUGGAGAAAUGGAUGGGAAGGGAGUGAAACCAGAUGAGUAUACUUAUGUUCUGUUGAUGGAUGCUUGCUUUGAGGUGGAUCGUAUUGAUGACGGGGCUGCAUACUUCAGGAAGAUGGUUGACUCUAGCUUGAGUCCUAACUUGAAGGUUUAUAAUAGAUUGGUUGAUAAGCUGGUUAAAGUUGGGAAAAUUGAUGAGGCAAAGUCGUUCUAUGAUUUGAUGGUGAAGAAGCUCAAGAUGGAUGAUGAAGCCUAUAAGUUUAUGGUGAGGACAUUAAGUGAUUCUGGAAGAUUGGAUGAGGUGCUAAAAAUGGUUGAUGUAAUGGUGGAUGAUGAAGAAAUUGAUUUUAAUGAAGAGCUGCUGGAGUUUGUUAAAGACGAAUUGAGAAAGGAAGGGAGAGAGGAGGAGUUGACAAAGCUCCUGGAGGAGAAAGCAAGGCAGAAAGCUGAAGCAAAGGCUAAAGAGGCUGAGGCAGUUGAAGCAGCCAAGAGGACUACAAGGGCUGCUGUCUCUUCUAUAAUUCCUUCAAAGUUGUUUGGGAAAAAGGAUGACGAAACAGAGUCUGCACCCGCUGCUGAAAAUGCUGUCCAAGUUCCCCUAAUCGAGAAAGAAUCACAGAAUGGGAAAGAAGAAAAUGUUGAGGAAGCGACUGUUUUAGGGUCUGCUCUCCCUGACUUGCAAGCAGCGGAGGAGGAAACGGAUAAAGCUGAGAGUUCCCGCUGAAACUGAGCCUAAGAGUGAAGGUAAAGUGGUAACAGCUUGAAAUGUGCUGAUGGAAAAACAAGUAAUGUGCUGGGUUUUUUUUUUCAUUAUUGAAAUAGGUUUGAAGCUCCCUGAGUUUAUGUCAUAUUCUUCUCUAGAACAAUUUUUAUGUAAUUAGAAGAAUAUCAUAAAUGGUGAUGUUUUAUAUCCCUUAUUAUUGUUUCUCAAACCUUCAAUGAGUUGAUGGGUAUGCUGGAUUUCUUGAUAUGGACGCAUCUUUAGCCUCCCA